AUGCAUCCGCUCAGCAUUCUGACCACAGUCCUUCCUUUCGCGGCCACCCUAUCCACCGCCGCUCCAAUGGACCCCCACGCAACCCGCGCAGAAGAUGCACUGAAAACUCGCCAAGCAACAACCCAAGUCGCCGUCGGCAGUGUAAUCGACCGCUGCACAGUGCCCGGCACAAUCGCCCUAACCUUCGACGAUGGACCAUGGAUCUACACGAGAAGCAUGCUCAACACGCUCGCAGAGCACGGCGCCGUCGCCACAUUCUUCCUGAACGGCGUCUACAUCGACCAGUACCCAGAACUGGUCCAGCGAGCCGUGGCAGAGGGACAUCAGAUUGGCUCCCACACAUGGAGCCACCCAUACCUCGAAACCCUGGACUACGCAUCCAUCGUCUCGCAAAUGACUACCCUGGAAGAAGCCCUAACCCGAAUCCUGGGGUACUUCCCGACCUACAUGCGCAUUCCUUACCUGAUGUACAACGACCUCGUACUCUCCGCCAUGUCUGAAUUGCAGUACCACGUCGUCGGCACCAGCAUCGAUACGAAGGACUACGAGAACGAUGACGCUGGAUUGAUCUGGCAGAGCUUUGAGAAGCUCCGGGCGGGGUUGGACGCUGGUGGCUCGAUUGUCUUGGCGCAUGAUACCCAUUAUAAUACUGUUGAGGUCUUGGCCGAUAAUAUAUUGAAUGAGAUUGCUGCGCGGGGAUUGAGGACUGUUACCGUUGGCGAGUGUCUUGGGGACCCGCAGGAGUUGUGGUAUCGUACUUCGCGAUGA